UUCUCUAUCGCGCCAGAUCACAGCAGAAGUAAUGUCAGGUCCUUUUCUUCAAGUCGUCUUUGUUCUUUUAUUAAACUAAACGUCUGUUAUUGAUCGUCUCUGCACAGCAGCAUGUCAUUCUGUCUCUACGUGUCGCGUUAACACUUCUCGGCUCUCCGUCUCGCGCGCCGCAGAGAUCCGAUGCCGGCGUGUGUGUGCAUCGGAGCGGAGCAAAGCAAAAGCCCCCGUAGCAGCACCAGAAGUCGCAUUAAAAGCAAGACAUAUUUAAUUUAUUAUCCGUUAAAAAUACUAUAUGGCUCUCAAUGAAAUAUAUUUGGCUUUUAUGGCUCUCCCAGUCAAAAAGGUUCCUGACCCCUGACUUAGUGUGUGCGAUGUGGUCUCCGCCACACUGGCAGCGCUCUUGCUCCGUGCUCGCGCUCUGACAUCACGCGGCAGCGCGCUGUCCCUUUAAGGGGCGGGGCCUCCGCGCAGCCCGCCGCGGAUCGCUUCCCCGCUCGGCUCAGCUGUGCUUACCUUCCAGCGGUGACAUGGCAUAGAGCCGCGCGCGGGUCCCCAGCAGCGACGCACCCUGCGCUAACCCACGAGCUCCGGCGCGGAGCCCCACGAGAGGACCACCGCGAUGACGACGGCGAGGCCCCCGGGGCCCGCGUGGCUUCUACCGCUGCUGCUGCUGAGCGCGCCCCGCGGGCUGCGGGCGGAGGACGGCGGCGGAAUGGAGGAGCUGGCCACGGAGAAGGAGGCGGAGGAGAGCCACCGGCAGGACAGUGUGAACCUGCUGACCUUCAUCCUGCUGCUCACCCUCACCAUCCUCACCAUCUGGCUCUUCAAGCACCGCAGGGUGCGCUUCCUGCACGAGACCGGACUGGGCAUGAUUUACGGCUCCUCAUCAAACUAUUGACACGGAGAUGGAUGCUGAGCGUGUUUCAUGUGGUCCGACCGGUUUGAGAAGAAGAAGAAGAAAAAAGAAGAAAGAAAAGAAGUAGGAGAAGAAGAAGAAGAAAGAAGAAGAAAGAAAAGAACUGUACUGCUUCGGCGCCUCCUCGCUGCUGUUGCCAAGGGGACCCGCGUUGCCCGUUGCCGUCGCGGUUUCCCCCGUCGUCGAGG